AGGGGCUGCUGCGGCCGAGGUGGCAAAAGGCUGAGGUUGGGGAGAUUCCGACCACGCGCGCUGCAGGGCCGCUUCCUUCCUGGCACUGGGGAUUUACCAGCCCAGUGGAAACCUGCAAAGCAGCAGCAGUGAAAGAGUAGCAGGCUCGGAAGGCGGGUGUAUCCUCUUCAAGAAGUGCCUAGAUUUGCCCAGAGAGCAAUAUCCCUAUUUGCAAAUAGGUAUGUGAUGUCAAAUCAGUAGGCUGUCCUCAAUAGCCUCCCACACACUAUUGUAACGUCAUGUGCCAGUAUGAAUAUUAACACAGACAUGAAUACUUCAGUGUUCUGCAAUCAAAGAAGAGAAAAAGAAAGAGUAUGUUUGGAGAACAAAUGACUGGGAAACAGUGCCUGGCUAACUUAUUUUGAGAACACACCCUCUUGUUUUCUGUUGAUGAAGAGCUAAGAAGAUUCAGGCUUUUUCAAAGAUCUUUUUAAUCUUUUUUUUUUUACGCUUUGGAUUUUAGGCUCUGAUCUGCACUGGGCACGAGCACUUGUCAGCAAUAUGUGUCAUGUCAUUGUCACUUGCCGCUCAAUGCUGUGGACACUCCUGAGUAUUGUUGUGGCUUUUGCAGAGCUCAUAGCCUUCAUGAGUGCUGAUUGGUUGAUUGGCAAGGCAAAACUUGGGAGCUCUCACAGCAGAGAGAAUGGGACAGGAGGAUCACUGGAACCGUAUCGUCCAACCUUGGGGAUCUAUGAACGUUGCACCCGAAUCCAGCACAUGCCAUACUCCAGGAGAGACACACAGUGUGGCCCCUAUGCAGAGAACUUCAGCGAGAUUGCCAGUGGCUUCUGGCAGGCUACUGCAAUUUUCCUAGCCCUGGGGAUCUUGAUACUCUGUGCUGUUGCAUUAGUAUCCGUCUUCACCAUGUGCGUACAGAGUAUUAUGAAGAAAAGUAUUUUUAAUGUCUGUGGGCUGCUACAAGGGAUUGCAGGUCUCUUCCUUAUCCUAGGCUUGAUCUUGUACCCUGCUGGCUGGGGUUGCCAGAAGGCAAUAAGCUAUUGUGGACCUUAUGCUUCUGCUUAUAAACUUGGAGAUUGUUCCUUGGGUUGGGCUUUCUACACUGCUAUAGGUGGCACGGUCCUGACCUUCAUCUGUGCUGUUUUCUCUGCCCAAGCUGAAAUUGCCACCUCUAGCGACAAAGUACAGGAGGAAAUUGAAGAGGGGAAAAACCUUAUUUGUCUUCUUUAAUGAUCCAAGAAAUCCUUCAAUGUCUCAGGUACAUUGAGUUCAAGUGGCUUAGCAAAUGGACUCUGCUAACUGAGUGAUGGAGACAUGAGCUUCCUGAAGACCAAGCACUGUGCUGUCACUUGAUGAUCACUGAGGACUAUGGGCAGAAUAAGAAGACAAUGAUGCUACAGAAAUUCUGGAACCAAGCUACAUUGGCAGAAUGAUGCAAAACUCAUGAUGGCUUCACAUUUAUAUGAACAAGUGCCUGACAGUCACAGAAAUUAUCCAGUCUUUUUGACAUUCAGCACCAUGAAGGAAUGUUAGAAGUAUUUUGUUGAAAAUGCCAGCAUUUUCAAGUAUGCACAGAACAAGAUGGCCUAAAUCAGGCUUUGAUUUCAAGGGCUUUUGUCUUUAAUUACCUGGUCGGUGGUAACAUUCUCCAUAGCAGCUUUU